AUGGCGGGCGAGCGGCGGCGGCGGCUGCCGGCCUGGAUGGGGGCGGCGGCGGCGGGGGACGGGCGAGCGGCGGCGGGCCCGUCACCCAGGGCCGGGCGGCGGCGGGCGGCGGCGGGCCGCAGGCCGGCGGCGCUGUACUGCAUGAACGAGGCGGAGCUGGUGGAAGUGGCCCUGGCGGUCCUGGCCGAGAAUCUACAGUGCGAGGAACGUGAAGAGAAGGCUCGGUCCAGGAGCGAAGAGGAGCAGGAGCUCCCACCGACAUCAAAAGAGGCUCCUGGAAGCACGGCCGGCACGGAUGGAGGCAGUGACCACGGUCCGGCGCUUCCAUCCCCUCCUGGAGCUGGUGCUGUCGCAGAGAGGACAGGCGGGGAGGACUCUGAGGACGAUGUCCUGAAAUACGUCCGGGAGAUCUUUUUCAGCUAACAUCUCCUCUCUUGGCUUGCCAGAAGAGGGCGCAAUGGGCAGGGUGUUUCCUCCCGCGGCCCCCAGAACGGUGGGAGGAGGGUCUGGGGGCGGCUGUGCGUCCAUCUGCUGUGUUGGUGCCCUGUGUAGGAUACCCAUGGAGGCCAGAGGGGAAGGAGGUGCUCAGUUCUCCCACUCUGUGCUGAGCUCAGUGCGAUUUGAUUCCAGAUUAGGAUAUGUUCGUUUCUGUUUCACAUUUCAGAGCAUGGAUGGAUUAAAGAGGACAUUUGGGUUUUUGCGUGUA